AUGUUAAAAUGCCCAAUGGGGCAUGGAGCAACUGUGCCUUGUGCUUCUAGUGUCUCAAUUAGCACACCAAUAAAAUGUAUCCCUUGUAUUGGUGGGGUAAAUUUCUCAGACAGUCAUGAUUACACCACUUGCAAAAGUUGCCAAAACUGUGACAAACAUGAGAAAAAGUCUGGAGAGUGUACCCCUGAAUCAGAUACCACAAAGUGUCUAGGAACAUGUCACAAGGGCUUCUAUAUGGAUAAGAUAUCUGGUGGAUGUCAUCCAUGCAGUGACUGCUGUGGGCAAGAUAAAAAACAUCAUGAAAAACAGUGUGAAAAUUCUAAUCUUCCUUGGAGCAUGCAGUGUAGAGAAAACAAUUUUAAUUGCCCUGAACAAGACACCAAGAACACCACAGGCAAGAGUCAACACAAAGGGGGUCUUGAGUCCUCAACAAUUGUGGGUAUUGUACUUGGUCCAGUUUGCUUUGCGUUGGUUGUUGGUGUGAUCUUCUUCGUAUAUCGCUUCAGAUCAGGCUCUGACUGUUUGAGUUCUCCUACUUUGGAUAUGUCUUUUCAUAGCUCAGAAAACCACUUCCAAAAUUCUGAAUUUGACCCUGAGCUGGGCACAGGGAAGAGGGAAAUUCAUUUUGCAGGUAAAUUCUGUUACUUAAUAUUUGUUGAUAAUUUACUUUACUCUGACUUUCUAUUAAAUCAACCAGCUUAUGUUAACGUGUUACUAUAUAAGCAGGAGAGAAUUGUUGUUACUUUUUUAUGUACUAAUAUAUCUACUAUAUAUGUGUAUUUAUCAUUCUUUUACAAUUUUAUUCCUUUCUGAAGAUUUUAAGUCUACAUUUCAAAAUUUGUGUUGUUCAGGGACUACAGGGAGUACUCCUGAGCUAGGAAAGAAGCCAUUUUACCAACGGAUGCAAUCUGUUCCAGUUGAAACCCUGCAAGAGCCAGUUAAGAAAAUUCCUAGGUCACAUUCACACCCAGGAGCUCUUCCUAAACUCAUCCAGAAACCUAAAGAAGAAUCAGAUCUUGGGCAAAGCCCUUCUCAACCAUUCAGGAGUCCAAGGACCCACAAAUAUUUUAAACAAGGAUAUAGUAAGUUAAAAUGUCUCAUAAUGAUAUCAUCCUGUGACUUCAAGUGACUUGAAUUUUGAUUUGAGGUUGAAACCAUUACAAUAGCCUAAUAUUCUGUUUUGAAUCAUAACAUCUACUACAUUGAUAUAGCCCAUGCUGUCCCCAGAUGUUUUUCAAAGAGACUUAUGGCUGAGACUGCUUGAAAACUAUAGUCACAUAUUUUCAUUACUGGUGUUCUUAAACAGUGUCUUUCUCCAAAAUUUCUGACAUUCCCCAAUUAUGAAUAAAAAAAUAAGAAUCCCUAAAAAUCAUGCAUGUUGUUAACCCUUUAAGCACAUCAUUUCAUGUUUUUUUUCUUGGGGGAGAAAGGUUGAUGAAUGAUAUGUACCUUGUAAUGCAUGCAAGUGAAGCCACUGUUCCUUCCAAGAAACUGACGCAUCAAGAAACUGUUUCCUAUGAUAACAUUAGCAAUUAUGAUAUUUCUAUACAGAUCGUUUGCCAACUAGUGCACAGUAUGGACAUGAUGUGGAAGGCACCCCAAAGAUUUCUCUGCAAUCUAUUGAUAUUGGAGAGCAACAAUCAAGUAAGCCACAGAAAAUUGGAUUUUUUAUUUCUGUUGGACUGUUGUCAUGAAUAUACACAAUAAAAAUGUUUUGACUUGUUGAUGACUGCAAAUAAAAGAAAAACCUUGCAGGUGAAUUGCUACUGAAAUAAAUUGAAGAAAAUGAAGGAAACAAUAUUAAGAAUUAGGGAUUUGACGGAGUUCAAAUGAUAAUUAUUUUAGUUCUUUCUGAUUACUUCCUUUUAAGGAACAAAGAACCCAUCUAGGAUUUAUGAACUCCCAACUUGUUGCUUUGUAGCUCAGUUGGGAUUAUGGCACUUAAUAGCCAGUAUCUGGGAAGACCAGGUUCAUUUUAUUGGCAGGGAACUAUUGAACUGUUAUGUAACUUUUUCUUCUUACAUGUGUCAAAAACUAAGACCUAAGUCCUACAAACUAGGAACAACUAAGACUUAAGAUCGUGAAAACUAAGACCUGGAAACCUUAUCAAUAAAUUGCCUUUGACUCUAUUUGAUGCUUAGAACAAAUUUUUAAAAAAUUGCCUACUUCAUACAAUUUCUUACAAGGUUGCAUGAUAUUCUCAAUUUCACUGCCAAUUAGCAAAAGUAUUGGAAUUAGAUAAGUCAUCGUUGCUGACUCAUCGGAAUAUUCAAACCUAGUUAACCAACCAGAAGUGCUGAUUCACCUAAGUUAAAUAGGGGUCAAAGCAAUUGAAAAAUAAUUUUGCCCAGGAACUUCACUCAAAGCUCAUUUAAUGAAUGUUCACAAAUGGUUAUGUCUUUCUUAGUUUUCAAAGUCUUAGUUUCAAAGGUCUUUAAUUUUUCGACAUCCUAGUUUUAGAGGUCUUCAAGUUUUUGAGGUCUUAUUUUUCAAGGUGUGAGGUCUUUAAGGUCUUAAGUCCAACUUUUUGAGACACCCUUUUGAAUUUAUGUGAUUUUUCAAUAUAUGGAUCUUGCCAACAUACAGCUAACAUUAAGGCCCUUAAUGCAUGUCAAUGGGUAUGAUUUUACAAAAUAAAUUUUUAAGUAUGAUAUAAUUUUGUUUGAACAACCCUAACAAGGUGGUCUACUUUUAAUUAAACUCUAAUUAUCCUGCAAAUGUCACUUCAAGAUAAUAAAUUUCAUGUGCAGAUUGGACUUCAUUAUUUACUAAUAUAAAUAUCAUUAUUUUUUAUUUGUUACAGGACUUGAUAAACAAUCCACAUCCACAUCCACCUCAACAACAGGGCUCUUUGACCAAACUGCCACUUUCUCCAAAUUUUCUGACAUUCCCCAAGACUUCCUGAAGUCUUUGCUCAGAAAAAAAGUUGCCACAAUACGUUACCAGUUUUACCGCAAGAUUUGUCAGAAACUGGAUGUUUUGCAGAAUAUAAGUUGGAGCGAUUAUCGCCUGCUUGGGGAAAAAGUUGGUGUGGACAAAGAUGCCAUCUUUUGGCUAAAACAGAAGGGUAAUCAAACAGAGGAAAUCUUACAGCACUUUGACUCAAAGAGAGAAAACUGUGUGGAAAGAUUUAAAACCAUUCUUGAAGAAAUGGGACGAGAUGAUGUUAUUACAGUAAUUGAGAACUGGAUUCUGUUUGAGUGGCAAGAAUAUGUAAGGUCUCAGACCGUAAGGCCUCAGAUGUAUGUGUAACUUCUAUUUGGCUCUCAAGAGUGAUUUAGUAGAAAUAUAGAUUUUUUCUUCAAUGAUUGCAAAAACAUUUAAGAAACAAACUUUUUACCCAUGGCUAUUGAAAUUUGAAAAAAGAGGUCUGGGAUGCAUUUGUAGUAAAUCAAAAUAUUUUAGGAAUGCUUAAACCUUUUUUAUCAAUUAUAGUAGAGAUCAGGGCACACCACCCAAUUGAAAAAACACAAAACAAUGUUUUAUCUGUGACUUAACAAUCCAUUUAUCUUACAUCUGAUUGACUGUUUCUUCAGUAAAAAUCCAUUUCUAGAAACUCUUUUCAUGAGUUAAGUCCCCAUUGAGGACUCAGAAUUUUUUUUGCAUUUUUUGCAACUUUUAAUCACAGAUUGAAGCUCCUAGCAAUAAAUUGGAAACUGUGCAUACAUUUGUAAGUUUUGUGUUACUUGUGGCCUUAUAGGUUUAGGUUUGUUGAAGCUACUGAAAAGUUUUGGGAAUCAUUUCCAUAAUUUGGUGAUAUAUUGUAUUCAGAUUUCUGAGCAGCCAUCAUUUUUAUCUUUUGAUGUUUAACAUAAACUGCUGGUCAUUGGUAUCAGUUGAAUUUUGCUUUUGCCUCAAAUUUUUUUUUACUUGUACAGGUCAACUAAAAAUUGUAGGAUGCAAUAAAGGUGGCAAAGAGGUAUUCUUAGCUUGCAUGAAAACCUGCUUGAUAUGUUAAUUUUUACAAUCAGCCUUUUAAAACAGUGUGUUAGUUUAAAAUUAAUGUUACUUCUCAAAUCACUAUUGGAAAGUUUAUUUGUUCUUCACUUUGUUUUUACUGAAAGGCCAAAGAAUUUUUCUUUUUGCCAUUACAUCUCUACAAAAGGAGCAGUAAAUUCUUGCAAUUAACUGUAUAGUUUUAUGUAAUAUGAGAUAUUCUUCUCUUAAUGCACAGAUGUCUCACUUAACCCUUUAACUCCCAUGAGUGACCAAGACAUAAUUUCUCCUUCAAAUGUCUAUACUGUAUCAACCAGAUAAGUGAUGAGAAUAAAGAAAAAGAUCAUUUGGGGAUAAUAAGUUGAUCCAAUACUAAAUUCUCUGAACUUACAUUAUUAGAAUUGUAUGGUUGACAGUAAGGAGAAUUACAAAUUUGAUCUGGGAGUUAAAGUGUUAGAGUGUGAGUGAUUAAUCAAAAUUGGGUCAGCUUUUUUAUUUGCACUUGUCAUCAGAAAAGUGGUAAAAUGAUAAACUUUACGUAAAUAUUUAAAAUUUCGAACUGUCCAAAGUUGCUAGGCUUUCCAAGAAAUAUAGUAUUAAAACAUAUUGUAUUUAAAAUGAAGUGUGACUAUUUGCAGGUAAUAAUUUUUUCUUAUUUUUAUUUAAGAAGCACUUUUUGACUAAACAUUUUAUGUAGUAUGGAUAUUUAAGAGCUUUAACAAUUUUAAUUAUUUUUGUAGCUAAUAUAACUUUACAAGGAAAAUAACUUAUUGAGAACAAAAUGAUGAUGCCAGAUAGAACAAUUUUUGUUUUUUGUGACGCAGGUAUACGUUUAAAAGAACCACCUUGGAGUUUUCAUAGUCAGAAAGUGCAAGGAGAUCUAGGAUUGUGCGUGGCGUUUUCUUUCUGUCUCCAUCUUUCAGACAUCUUCCCAUCAAAUUAAGCAAGAUUAUUUUUUUAAAAAAAGAUGUAAUAUCUGGCAUCAGCUAAGUUAUAUCCCUUGUUUUUGCCAAGUAAAUAAUUUCAUAUGUUCAGAUUCAAAAUCUUUGAACAUUAUUUGUACCUAUAUUUUCUUAUGAAAUUGUUCAAAACAUUUGCAAUUCAAAUUUAUGGUGUAACUGUAACAGUAAUUUGCGUGCAGCUCAUUUUUACAGAAACUUAUGAUAAAGAUUGUAGGAACCAGUCAAGUAUUCAAAAUGUAUCCGGUUGGUCUCUUAUGAAUAAAAGUUAACGUCGAA